GGCGGGGAUGUUGGCUAAUUAGCCAUCACGAUAUCUCAUCACGAAGGGCCAUCUGCCGGCCUGGACAUCGCUGUGAGAUAAUAAAAAGGUUUUCGAUUGAGAACUCAAAAUGGCCAACAUUUGUGAGAUAUGCAAACCUAUGUUUCAACGAGCCCACUGGGAGUAUCAUGUCCAUCAUCGCAGCCUCGAAUCUUUCGUCAGAGCGAAAGAACAAGGUUGUCGGAUCUGCACGCAUCUAUGGCAGCGGAUCCUUGCAGAGUGCGACGUCCCUGGGAGUCGUCUGGUGUUCCCCAUUCAACACAUGAGUGGCCCGAGUGGGACUAUAGGUGACGUCAAUAUACUGGCCACAAUACUGGCAGACGAUGGAAGCACCCCUGAAGGUCUUUCUUACUGGCUAAACGUUACUCCAAGUGGUGUCUAUCGCAUAGGUCUUGGUAACAAGGAUCGAAGCUCAGAGACUGCGCUCGAACAAGGCAUCAAGGCCACUCACAAAUGGAUGGACGAGUGUUUGAAUCAUCAUGCAACAUGUUUGAACAACAUUCAGCCCUCCUUUGUCCCCACUCGAUUGCUUGUAUUAGAGGAAGGCGCGGUGCGGAUUGUUGUGACAGCAGAGGAGAAGAUAUCCGGCCCUUAUGCGGCCCUGAGUUACUGCUGGGGUGAUGGUUCGUCUUUUCCCUGCCUGGUGGCUGAAAAGCAAGCCAGAUAUCCACGGGGUCUUCUUUUGUCAGAGCUUCAACAGGGUAUUCUUAUAUCUGAGCUUCCAAGCGCGUUUCAAGAGGUGAUUCACUUCAUCAAGAAUCUCUCCAAAAGCAAGUUUGCCAUUCGCUAUCUCUGGAUUGACGCGCUCUGUAUCGCCCAAGGCUGUCAUGAAGAAUGGCUUUUCGAGUCCUCUCGGAUGGAAGAUGUGUAUUCCAACUGCGUUAUCUGUCUGGCUCUAUGCAGAGCUAAAGAUCCAGAUCAAAGCUGCAUAGGCGGGUGCUCUCCCAGUGUACUUCCGCCAUUUGAAGUGGAAGGAAAAGGAUUCUUUGAAGGCAGCGACAAGUGCACAAUUUUCUGUGACGGAUACUAUAGCGAUGCGCUCUACAAUCAACCACUUUGGCACCGCGCGUGGCCUUUACAGGAGCGGCUUCUUCCUCCACGCGUUCUCAGCUUUGGGCUGGGUGAGCUCUUUUGGGAUUGCUUCGAGAGUGACAACCGAUGCGAAUCUUUUCCAGAGGGGAUCCAAAUCGUAUCGGAUGAUCUAACUCUAAUCAACAUGGAUCAUCUGAAGCGCAAGAUCAUGCCGGAUCGAUUGAAUACGUCUCUCUGUCAGCGUAUGUGGAAAAAUAUUGUCAUGGAGUAUUCUCAGCGGAGUUUAACAUGUCCUGAGAAAGAGAAGUUGGUUGCACUAUCGGCCAUUGCAACACGGUGGGGGAAAACCAUGAAUGAUGAAUAUCUUGUGGGCCACUUUUGGAAGAUGCUACCUCACAGUCUCCACUGGGCACCAGUACACAUUGAAGGCCUAAAGCGAUUGCAGGCACCACCCAGGCGCAUGCAUAGUUUCAUCGAGGAAAAGAACGGCCAAGGGCAGAUCAAAGUGCCAAGUUGGAGCUGGGCGUCGGUUGAUGGCCCACUAGAUGGUGUUCCUUAUGGCAAGGUAAUGGCACAUGUAAAGAGCUGGGAUUUGAUGUCAACCAAAGACAACCAUCAAGGUCAGAAGGUGUUGCUUGCUACUUUGACAAUUGAAGCAGUCUGUCUAGAAAUCGAAUCGAUUGACGGAAUGCCCUAUUGCCGUGAGCCAACAGGGGCUACCCAUCGGGUAUUUGGUCGACCCGAUGAUUCAAGCUACACAAUACCUAGCGGAACCAAAUCUAGACACGCCUGUUUAGCCAGGUCUUACGGCGAUUUGUUGGGUGUGAUACUAGAGCCGGUAGAAGUGGAAGGCAAGACAAUGUAUAGCAGAAUCGGGUCCUUUACCGUAGAUCUACCCAUGGUGGAACGGGUUGGAGCUCUGGACAGCAUAAAUGGAAAAGGAACGGACACUGAUAUUGAUUUAAACAUGGAACAUGCGAUAUUUAUUAUUAUAUAAACCAAUAUACAGCCCUAUAUGGUCUCAUUACGAUUUCUA